UUAAAAUCUUGCAUUGGUCAACGAGUCACGACUUUUGUCCUUGGUGGAAAGAGUGCACAUUGCAGGUCAGUUUGCGUAAAGGAUAUAUCGUGCCUGUGACAUGUAGUUAUGUCACGAUGGUCGUGCAUUGAACUGAAGUGGAUGCCAAACGCAAGACAUGGUAGUGCACUGGUGAAUCCUUCUGUCGUAUUUUGACAUGGGGAGAUCGCAGGAUGGCGGCUGGGCUUGGGUCGUGCUGCUCGGUGCACAUGUCGGUACCAUGCUGAGCAAUGGCUAUCUGCUAACACUCGGAGUAUUCUACACAGAAUGGAAGGAAGUGUUCGAGUUGUCUGCUACGAAUGCAAGUUGGCUUGUCAGCAUGCCCAUGCUGGUGGCAAGCCCUUUGUGCUUUUUUGUCGGCGUUCUGGCGUCUCGGGUCGGCAUACGCCGUGUGUCCAUGCUCGGAGCAGCAGUCACUGGACUUGCAACGAUACUGGGAUCAAAAACCUCCCACAUUGGCCAGCUCUACGUCUGCAAUGGGUUGCUCGGUGUUGGAGCUGUAAUGACCGUAUCGCCAAGCAUGAUCAUGAUCUCACACUACUUCAAGAGACGCUACGUAUUGGCCAAUGGGCUAGCUGUGCUUGGACUGAACGUUGGUCAGAUGGUCUUCCCGCCCUUAAUCCGUCUCCUGGUCGUCAGCUACGGGUGGAGGGGCGCCAUGUUUAUCAUUGGAGCGUUGCAGUUGCACGGGGUUGCCGCUUGCGCCCUCUUCCGGCCGCUCAAGGCCAGCCUCAGUAAAACCCCUCAGCACGAAGACAUUGGAACUAGUAAUAAAGAAAGAACCAAUUCAGCCAACGCUUUUCUAGAGUAUCUUAGAUGCUUCCAGAUCUUCGCGAACGUCAAAGCGAUGUUAGUUCUGAUCUCCAACAGUUUGCACUCAAUGGCGAUAAUGGUAAACCUUAUUCAUCUACCGGAGCGGUCGAGGGAAGCUGGCUGGUCGCGUGACCAGAGCGCCAUGUUGGUUUUCGUCUACGGUCUGGUAUCCGUAGUCACGCGCUCCACCCACGGUUGGUUCGUGGACAGGAACCACAUUGGCUCCUUCAAGCUCCAGUUGCUGGUGAUUCUCGGGGCGACUGUCACUUCUUCCUUGAACCCCGUGUCGGACAGCUACGUUUUCUUGGUCGGCUACACUGUCGUUUUGGGAGCUUUCCUCGGUGCAUCCACUCCUCUGUUGAUCGUGAACAUGAAGAAUGUUGCCAGUGCGUCGCAGGUGCCGGCUGCUCUGAGUUUGGUAUGGGCUUCCAUAUACCUCUUCAAUGGCAUUGGAUCGGUUGUUGCUGGUAAGAUCUACGACGCCACUGGGAAUUACGUAGCGCCUUUCCUGACGAGUGGUGCGAUGUUUCUGUCCGCGUUUCUCGUUUUUGCUAUAGUGACAUUCAUGAAGCGGAGAGAAGACAGGACGCAAGACAAAAACAAGAUGAACACCUCGGGCGCUUUACGGUACCAUACUGCGGCCGACGGCUUGGAGGAAAAUAGUCUCUGAUUACUUUGAUGAAGAAUAUGUGGUGUAACUAUUUAAGUGCAUUUGUCUUCAAGCAAAAUUGAAACCUGGAUCCUGAUUGGUCGAUCUAUGCAUGGCAACGGCAGUGUGAUAUCCCAUCUUGCGUGGUCCAUAGUGCACUUCGCGAGUCGCCUUGUGGCACAUGGGACACAAGUUCACACAACGGACUAUUGUUCCCGGUUCCCGUCGCGCUCGUGGGACAACCACUAGGGCCAACCCUUCACAAAGCAAAUUUGAAUCCUCAAUCAAGAUACUGCAACAGAAUGCAAGUCCCGCUUGAUAGGUAUGAGGUUUUACCUCUCACGUACAUGUAGGCCAGUGCCUGUGUGCUCAUAAGGAGAACCAUCAAUCUAACUAUAAAUCACAACGCACUCUGAUCGCCUAAAUCCACACACUAACUCACAGAUAUCCAAGACAAUACAAUAAAAUACUAAUGUACCACGUGUUUCUAAAAAGAAAAAUCCACGUUACACAGUAUAUGUAAAUUCCCAAUAAAAACUACUGUAUCGCGUUGCGUUUGUAUUAGUCUCUUAAUACACUAACAUCCGUCUUGUAACAAAUCCAUCGCGAGACUGGCAAUCGGGCGGCCAUUGGAGCAAAGACUAUUUGCACCGAGCGAUUACGGUCACUGUCUACUGGUAGUCUCUGCUCAAUUCGCCUCGUGGCUCCGCUUUGCCGUGUGGCUCCACUUCGCCGGGACAUAGUCUACUAUACUACUUGUUCCAUUAGGAAACAGUUUACAAAAUUUGUUUAUUAAUGCAGUGUCUUAUUGUUUGCAUUAUUAUGUUACUGAGUAAAAUAAAGCAUUCUUUGGAUAACAAGUUUCAAACGGUUUGGUAUUAUAAAGCCUUUGUUUACUUGUUUUAAAUUUUAUUUUUUGGUUACUAAAACAUUCAAGAUUCAGAAUUUAUUGUCAUCUGUAUAAACAUACAUAGAAAUUUA